ACGCAUGCGCCACUAUUUGGUAUAAUUUUUCGUGAAACGUCUGAAGGAUUUUCUUCUUCAUAUGUUUGUGUUUUUAUAAUUAAAAUAAACUUAAAUAAUUAAAAACUUGGUAGUUGAAUUAAAGACAUCAGUUUUCGCGAAUGACAGUAAGAAACUGAGAGAGAAAGAAAAUGGUGUUGAGUGAUUGUCCGGAUCCAGAAGUAAUUGGUUGUGGAUUCAGUGCUUUUAAGGAAAUUGAUGAAGUGACUUCUCUAAUUGCGGAACUAAAAGAUGUUCACCUUUCGUCAAGUCUAGUUGAGAAAAAUCGGGAUCGAUUUAAUUUUAUUCUGUCGCAAUAUCAGGACCAGAGACAAUUAUUGGAUCCUUAUUUGGAUGACAUUCUGCAGCCAUUGAUCUCUAUUAUUAAGGAUGAAAAUUCCACAGAAAGCAUACAACAUAAUGCUUUCAAAUACAUUUUCAUCGUUAUGUCUGUCAAAACGUACAAGAAGAUCGUUACAUAUUUGCCACACGAGGUAGCAGAUCUCCUUCCUGUUCUCCGAAUGUUGGAGAAACAAGAUCCGAAUGAUGUGAGCACAUGGGAGACUCGAUACGUACUUCUAGUUUGGCUUUCUAUAAUAUCAAAAAUACCAUUUCCACUUUCGCGUCUAGAAACCUCUGAUGUUGACUUUGAGCAAUCAAUAAUAGUUAGAAUUUUAAAACAAUGCAAAUUAUUUUGCUUGUCAAAAGAUGCUUGUGCUGUAGCUGCAGUUUUUUUAAUUACUAAUUUCUUGACUAGAUCGGAUGUUAAAAACUUAUAUUUGAAAGAAAUGAUAAUGUGGUGUUUAGAAUGCGUGGAAAACGAUUCUUUAAGACAUGGUCCUUUAGCAGUCAUAGCAGCAUUAUUGAAACAUACAGCAAGGGAAGAUGUUAAACCAUACACCCAAAUAAUUUUAGAUAAAAUUUUACAUUUUCAUCUAAAUAAUAAUCCUGCCGAUCUUAUUAGGAAAUUUGGGAUAAAAAUUGUACAAAGAAUUGGAUUAGUGUUAUUAGGAACAAAACUUGCAUCAUGGAGAUAUCAAAGAAUGAAUAGAUCCAUAUGUUUAUCGCUUAACGCUAAACAUAUUAGCACCGUGAACAAUUUAGAAAAGAUUAGAGAUGUUCCAACCAACAAUGACGAUCAGGAUAUUCCAUCUGCAAUAGAGGAUAUUAUUGAACAGCUUAUACAAGGUCUUAGAGAUAAAGCAAUUACGAUAAGAUGGUCUGCUGCAAAAGGAAUUGGAAGAAUAACAGCAAGAUUACCAAUGGAUUUAGCAGAUGAUGUAGUAGGAUUUGUACUGAAUCUUUUUUGCGGUCGUGAGUCAGAUUCUGCUUGGCACGGUGGUUGUUUGGCAUUAGCAGAAUUAGGAAGACGUGGACUUCUGUUACCUCAUCGUUUAAAAGAUGUGAUACCAGUAGUUCUUCAGGCUUUAGUAUUCGACGAGCCGAGAGCAUAUGGAUCAAUUGGGUAUUUAAUUCGAGAUGCCGCGUGUUAUAUUUGUUGGUCAUUUCCCAGAGCAUAUGACCCUGAUAUUUUUCAACCAUAUGUACAAGAAAUUGCAGCUAUGUUGAUAGUCGUUGCCUGUUUUGAUAGAGAAAUUAAUUGUAGAAGAGCUGCAUCUGCAGCAUUUCAAGAAAAUGUCGGUAGGCAAGGGAAUUUUCCACAUGGAAUAGAAAUAUUAACUAUUGCUGAUUAUUUUGAAGUUGGUGUUAGAAAUCAUGCAUAUUUAAAAAUCAGUGCAGAAAUUGCUCAGUAUGACGAGUACACAAAGCCUCUCAUUGAUCAUGUGGUUGCAAGAAAAGUCACACACUGGGAUACAGCAAUCAGAGAACUUUCGGCUAAAACGCUCUUUAAUCUAACGCCAGCUGCUCCAAAUUACAUUAAGGAUACAGUUUUAUCAAAUUUAUUAGAUAUGUUAAAUUCUAUCGAUUUGAAUAUCAGACACGGUGCUGUAGUAGCAAUUGCAGAAAUUUUAGAAGCAUUGCACAGCAGCUAUAACGAAAAAAUUGAAAAUAUAAUUGAAGCAACAGCCAUAGAAAAUAUAAGAAAUAUAGUAAACACUUUUCGGAAAAGAGGGCAGUUCAAAGGACUGGGAGGAGAAUUGAUGAAACAAGCUUGUGCUGUACUCAUAAAAAAAUGCUCCAUUGUCCAUUUGCCAAUCUCCACAGAAGUUAUUUAUGACUGGCAAAAUCUUUUAGAAGAAUGUUUGGCACACGACGUGUCUGCGGUUAGAACAAAAGCAGCAGAAGCGCACACAGAAUUUUUUCUGAAAUACUAUGCUGAUAUAGAUACCAAUUACCGGAAGAGCGUAAUUGAUCGUUACCUUGAUAAUUUACAAUCGAGUAAUCAACUUGUUCGAAUAGGUUUUGCACAAGCCAUAGGAUAUUUUCCUUUAUUUAUAAUUUGUGAAAGGGUAACCGAUGUGAUAAAAGCUCUCAUCAAAUGUACCGAAAUAUCAGAAAAUACUCUAAAGUGGGCAGAGAGUAGGAAAGAAGCUAUACAUGCAUUAAUAAUGGUGUGUGAAACAUUGGGAGUGAAAGAAGCAGAUAAAUGGCAAGAAUUCGUGCACAAUUUAUAUGAUUGUUAUUUGCAGUCGUUGAAAGAAUAUACAGUAGAUAGUCGUGGAGAUAUAGGAGCAUGGGUACGAGAAGCAGCAAUGACUGGUUUACAUAUGUUAACAAAUCUAGUAUUUCAAGCAAAAUUGGUGUCCAUAUUAAACGAGGAGUUGAUGGCAAAUAUAAUUGGUGGAAUUGCACAGCAAGCUGUAGAAAGAAUUGACGGAAUUCGAGCGCAAGCAGGAACAGUUUUCAGCGCGCUCAUUCAUAAUGAUCCUCCGCUACCGAACAUUCCAUACCUAACUGAAUUGAAAAGUAUCUUUCCGUAUAACGAGUGUAAAGAAAAUAUAGAAUGGCGAAUGGAAUCCACUACUUUUCCAAGAUUUGUUAAAAUGUUAUCUUAUCCUCCUUAUACAAUGCAUCUUCUACGGGGAAUUAUAUUUAGCGUUGGUGGUUUAAGUGAAUCUCUGGUUAAACAUUCUAGCGUUUCUUUAUUUUCUUAUUUACAAGAAAUAGACGAACUAGGUCUUAAAAAUUUAUGUUAUAAAAUUUUGAGCAUUUUUGAAGAAAGUCACAAAAAUGAAAGAAUGAUCUCGUCGAUCCUGGCAUUUCUGGAUCGCUUACUUAGUUCUGGCUGUAUUCAAAUUGUUCUUGACGAUUUUAAAAAUGGCAUUUCAGAAAGAAUCUUAAUGUUACUUAAACAGGAAAUAAAAAAUACGAGUAAUACCAAGUUGCUAAUUAUCAGUAUAAACGUCUUUUGUCAGCUGCUUCAGAUACGCGGAGUGGUUGCAAAGCGAGCAUUUUGUCAGUUGAGUAUUUUUCUUUGUCAUAAAUACAAAUGCAUACGAAAAGUAGCUGCAACGAAAACAUACGAAGCUUUAACUCUAUACGGGGAAGAAAUGGAUAUUCCUGAACAGAAUUUAGUUAAAAUUUUGUUUGAAUUAAAUGUCACUGAUUGGGAAAGAUCAGUGUCUGAACUUCGACCAAUAAGAAACCAACUUUGUGAUUUGAUGGGGGUACCUACUCCUAUUUUGCAAAACAUGGUUGUGAAUUGAACUUUGUCUUAUAUUGUGUUUUACUUUAAAGAAAUUGGUACAGAUCCAACGAUAAGAGGUCUCCAUAACUUUUCCGUGAUAUAAUCCUGACAGACUGCAUUUUCAAAAGCUAACGUAAAUUUAUAAUUACUAAUGAAAGAGAGAAAAUCAUCACUGUUUAAUAUGUCGAGGUAGAUAAAUCAAAGUAAGAGGUACAUCGCUGAAUCUGCUAAAUGUUGAAGAAUAUGUAAAAAGAUUCAGAGUUUCUUGUUGAACUAAAAUGGGGUUAUUCCUUGGAGAUUCCUCAUGAAUUAAACCCCAUGGAACUC